AUGUCUACUAUCACUGCAGAAGCCGGCAAGGUUACUAUGAACGCGACGCGACACGAAAAAGCCCUUGGAGAACUACGCCUUUGUGAUCCAGAAACAGACAGCAUCAUCCUCAUUCCGACCCCGACAAACGACCCCAAUGAUCCUCUCAAUUGGCCCAAACCCUAUCGCGUCUACAUUGCUGUGCUUGUCUCAUUCGCCAUCUUUUUUGGUAACUUUCUAGCCGCGGGUCCUACUGUAGCCAUUAUGAACGUUACCACCGAUUAUUUUGGCUCUGCAAGCUCAGACCUUGACAGUAAUAUCGCGAUGGCCGCAUACUUCUUCACCACUACCGCGCUUCUCCAGGGCGUGUCCAACUUAAUGUGGUUGCCUCUCAUUGUGAAAUUUGGUCGCCGCCCGGUAUAUGUCGCUUCUUUCACGCUUUAUACGGCCGUCGUGGCUUGGGCGGGCGGUGCUACUUCGUUCAAUAGUGAGUUGGGUGCGCGUAUCAUGAUGGGAGUCGCUUCGGGUGCAGCUGAGUGCCUGGCACCAUUGACAAUCUCGGAUCUCUUCUUUGUGCAUGAGAGAGGCACUAUAAUGGCGAUCUACACUACAGCUUUGUCAGCUGGGGUUGGCUGUGGCAUUGUGAUUGCUGGACUAAUCACCAAGGACCUACACUGGCGAUACAUCUAUUGGGUCAGCCUCAUCUUGAUUGGCUCCUGCACUAUCCUGAUCAUAUUCACCUUUCCAGAGACUAGAUACGAUCGAGCUGAAGGUCCAGGAGACGGUCGAACAAUUACCGAGCAUGAGGGGAUUAUCAGCCAAAACUCCAAAGCAGAAGGGAUAGAUUCGGACUCAACAAGACAAGGUUAUUUCUCGUUUUCCCCAAAGCGAACCUAUCGCCAAAAUCUGGCGCUUUUCAGCGGCAUUCACACCCAAGAGUCUUUCAUGAAGCUCGUUAUCCGUCCUAUUAUUCUCCUUACUCUUCCUCCAGUUCUAUGUGCUACUCUGACGAUGGCCGUCACUAUUGGUUUUCUUGUUGCAAUCACCUCCAACUUCGCUGUCGCUUUUGAUGCAGUGUACGAGUUUGAACCGUGGCAAUCCGGUCUCUGCUUCAUUGCUAGCCCAGUAGGAGCCGGAAUUGGCGCCUUCUUUGGUGGUCGGUUCAGCGACAUAGUGGCUGAUUGGUUCACUCGACGUAAUGAUGGUAUACGAUGCCCAGAGAUGCGUCUACCAGCCAUCUCCAUCUCUCUUGUCACCGCUCCACUUGCCCUUACUCUCUAUGGAGUUGGGAUCGACAAAGAAUGGCAUUGGAUCGUGCCUACCAUAGGUCUUGGUCUUUUGAGCUUCUCUAUCGUCCAAUCCACCAAUAUCAGCUUGGUCUAUACUAUCGACAGCUAUCGUCCAAUAGCAGGGGAACUGGCUGUUACACAGCACGCAUUCAAGUCUGUAUUUGGCUUUCUUCUUUCCUUUUAUACCAAUCCGUGGAUCUCCCAGUCUGGGUAUGCAAAUGCAUUUGGUGCAAUGGCUGGGAUAUCGGGAUGCAUCAUUCUGAUGUGGAUUCCCAUGUAUAUUUGGGGUGGUCGAAUUCGGCAGGUUACCUGGGGCUGGCCUUUUAUUAGGCGCUUGGCUCACUGGCAUCAAGAUCGUGAAGUUGGUGAAUAG